UGUCAUUUGAAAGCAGCACCUUUUGCAUACAUUUAGAAAUGAAUUGGUACUGGAUUCUUGGCUGGCUUCCUUCAAUAUUUGCUAUUCUUGGAAAUGGAGUGGUGAUCUAUCUGAUUUGCACGAGGUCCAGACUCAAAAACGUCCCAAACCACUUCGUAUUGUCCCUAGCGCUUGCGGAUCUCGGUGUGGGUGCAUGUUGUUUCCCGGUGCAACUCAUAUGCAGUUUCAAUGCAACAAACUGCAGAAAUCAAAUCGCAGACGAUAUUGCCGUACUGAUGAUUUAUUCUUCGAAUACCAAUCUAUGCCCGAUGACUAUCGACCGCUACUUGGCCAUUGUGCUGCCUCUCACCUACACGUCACUGAUGACAACAAGGCGUGCUCGAUAUCUGAUCGCCUUCUCGUGGUGUGCACCGUUGUUUUCGUAUUUUAUCCCUGCGCUUUGUACCAGUCUCCAUGGUUGUACUAUAAACGUCAACAUCACUGUCAUCGUGUGGACCUCCAUGUUCGAGUUUGUUCCGUGUGUUUUACUUCUGACUGCAACCACGAAAAUAAUAAUAACUGCAAGGAGACAUUGUCGACAACUUGCGAAAAUGAAUAAUCAAUUGCAAUACAACCAACCGAAUCAUAAAGGUCAAACGGGAGUGUCAUCAGCGCGUGUAAUUGGAACAGUUGUGGCCAUUUUUAUUGCAUGCUACGCGCUCGAAGUGUACAGCUCAUUAUGUCAUUUUACCAAAUUCUGUGGGUUAACAAAAGAUCUGAGCAAAGCGGUGUUUUUCCUGGUAGUAACAAACUCUGCAGCAAACCCGUUCGCCUAUGCCUUGUUUAAACGUGACAUAAAAAGAGAGCUCAAGAAAAUAUUCUGCAAAUGGAGAUCAACUCCAGCAGCCGGAUGCUCCGUCAGUCUCUCAACAAGGGCAUGA